AUGAAGAGCCUACUCCUUCUGGUGCUGAUUUCCAUCUGCUGGGCUGAUCAUCCUUCAGACAACUACACUCUAGAUCAUGGCAGAGUUAUUCACAUCCAAGCCGAAAAUGGCCCCCAUCUACUUGUGGAAGCAGAACAAGCCAAGGUGUUCUCACAUAGAGGUGGCAAUGUUACCCUGCCAUGUAAAUUUUUUCGAGACCCUACGGCAUUUGGCUCAGGAACCCACAAAAUCCGCAUUAAGUGGACCAAGCUCACUUCAGAUUACCUCAAGGAAGUGGACGUUUUUGUUUCUAUGGGAUACCACAAGAAAGCCUACGGAGGCUACCAGGGGAGAGUGUUUCUGAAAGGAGGCAGUGAUAACGAUGCUUCCCUGGUGAUCACAGACCUCACCCUGGAGGAUUAUGGGAAAUAUAAGUGUGAGGUGAUUGAAGGAUUAGAAGAUGAUACUGCUGUGGUAUCAUUAGAUUUACAAGGUGUGGUAUUCCCUUACUUUCCACGACUGGGGCGCUAUAAUCUCAAUUUUCAUGAAGCACAGCAGGCUUGUCUGAACCAGGAUGCUGUGAUUGCCUCCUUCGACCAGCUGUAUGAUGCCUGGCGGGGUGGGCUGGACUGGUGCAACGCUGGCUGGCUCAGCGAUGGCUCAGUGCAAUAUCCCAUCACCAAGCCCAGGGAGCCCUGCGGAGGCCAGAACACCGUGCCUGGUGUCAGGAACUACGGGUUUUGGGAUAAAGAGAAAAGCAGAUAUGAUGUGUUCUGCUUUACAUCCAACUUCAAUGGCCGCUUUUACUACCUGAUCCACCCCACCAAGCUGACCUACGAGGAAGCGGUGCAAGCUUGUCUCAACGACGGUGCUCGGAUCGCCAAAGUGGGCCAGAUAUUCGCUGCCUGGAAGCUGCUGGGCUAUGACCGCUGCGACGCGGGCUGGUUGGAGGACGGCAGUGUCCGCUACCCCAUCUCUCGGCCGCGGAGGCGCUGCAGUCCUACCGAGGCCGCGGUGCGGUUCGUGGGCUUCCCCGAUAAAAAGCAUAAGCUCUACGGUGUCUACUGCUUCAGAGCAUACAACUGAGCGUGCCCGAGAGCACGUCGGGCUUAGAGUCAU